AGACUACCUGCUCCAGUCACAGCUCGUCUGCUGGGGAAGAGACACCCUUUCACACAUACACACACACUCAGUCACGCAACAAAGACUUGAGGAGACCUGGAUCAUUCAGACUUUUUCUUCGGCAGCCGGUGGCAGAGACAGACUCAAAAAGACAGACGGAGACAGAGAGAGAGAGAGAGCAACAGUGAGAGAGUUUGAACCAGGUGGAUCCAGCCUCUUCCAACAGGGGAUCCAGGAUGUCUAAAGCCUCCAGGCUGGCCAGACCCUCCUCAUCCGGGAGCAGCUCCAAGCUGCCCUCCACCAGGAAGGAGAGCCCUGCUGGAGGUGGUGGGGUGGUUGUGGUGGCAAGCAGAGCCCGGGUGGUGAGUGUGGGGGAGAAGCUGAUGAGGGCGGGCAGUGAUGGCGGCGGGACCAGGCUGAAGGCCCCGGCAUCCGCUUCACCGGCUUCUGCUGCCUCGCCGGCACCACAGGAAAAACACCAGAACCAGACCCAGAACCAGACCCAGAACCAGACCCAGAACCAGACCCAGAACCAGACCCAGAACCAGACCCAGAACCAGGGGAUGGAUGUUCUUCCUCCCAGGAGCAGGAUCAGUCCACCUAAAGCUUCGGCACACACACAGGCACCAGUGCACAAGCAGACCAAGAGCAACCUGAAGGUGACCUCCCAGGAGGACGGAGAGCACCUGAGCCGCAGGCAGGCCUCGCCCAAUGGGACGCCGUCCCGCUCGCACACCCCCGCCUCAGCCUCGCCUGCCCCCGCCGCCGAUCCCAAGGCCUCCAGCCGCACCGUCCCCCGCAGGCACACGGUAGGGGGCGCUCGCAGCUCCCGGGACAUCCUGGCCAUGCAGCCCCCGGACAUGGACAAGAAGAGGGAGGCCUUCCUGGAGCACCUGAAGCAGAAGUACCCCCACCACGCCUCGGCCAUCAUGGGCCACCAGGAGAGGCUCCGCGAGCAGGGUAGGAGCCCUAAGCACGGCCCCAGCCCUGUGCCCGGUGUUGGGGAGCAGGCUGAGCAUCUCUCCCUGGCCUCCAUCGAGUCCCUGGACACCAUGUCGGAGGCGGAAUCCCCCAGCGCCUUCACCCGUGGCAGCCGAUCCAGGGCCAGCCUGCCUGUGGUGCGCUCCACCAACCAGACCAAGGACCGCUCCUUAGGUGUUCUGUACCUGCAGUACGGCGACGAGACCAAGCAGAUCCGCAUGCCCAACGAGAUCACCAGCUCGGACACGGUGCGGGCGCUGUUCGUCAGUGCCUUCCCCCAGCAGCUCACCAUGAAGAUGCUGGAGUCCCCCAGUGUGGCCGUCUACAUCAAGGACGACAUGAGGAACGUCUACUACGAGCUCACCGACGUCAGGAACAUCACAGACCACUCCUGCCUCAAGGUGUACCACAAGGACCCGGCGCAGGCCUUCAGCCACGGCCCCAGACCCACCAACGGAGACGCCAGGAUGCACAGAGAGAUGAUGUAUGCCAGCCGAGAAGUCCAGCACCCCCUGCGGCAGCCCCCCAUGGGCCCCCCGCCCCUCCACCCCAUGCAGGGCGCCAUGUCGCCCACUACCCCCCACUCCCUGCCCCCCUCGCCCUCCCGGAUCCCUUUCGGCCCUCGCCAGGGGCCUCUACCGGCCAGCACCACCAUUCCCCGGGACCGCAUCGCCACCGCCACCCCCCCGGGCCGCUCCGUGUCCCCCUGCCCGAGCGCCAUUCUGGAGCGACGGGACGUCAAGCCGGAUGAGGACAUGGGAGGUGGGAAGAGCCAUAGCUUGGCCCGGGGCAACGAGGGGCUGUACGUGGAUCCUUACCUGCUCCACGAGGGGAGAACGAGCCUGGCCUCUGCCCACGUAGGGCACCCCCUACCUGGGGACAGUCCUGAGCACGGCCUGGGGGGUUACCACCGGUCCUCCAUCCGCUCCACAGGCUCCUACAGCGGGCCCAGCCCCACGGACACCAUGGAGCACCCCGCCCUCUACCGCCAGAAGUCCCGCAACAGCCAGCUACCAACGCUUGGCUCCAAGACCCCGCCCCCCUCGCCACACAGGAUGACCGAGGUCCGGGUGAUUGACAUCCACGGCGGCCCGCCCCCCCACGGAGGUGUGCCGCCCCCCCACGCCACGCACAUGGAGCGCUCCUCGCCUGUGCGUCAGUCCUUCAGGAAGGAGGAAGUGGCGUCCAAGUCCAGGAGCAACAUGGGCUCUCCUGUGGUGGUUGACCUCCAGGGUCAUGGGCCCAUCCCGCCGGCCAGUGACCCCCAGACACGACAGCGAAUGAAGGCUAUGGAGCAACAGAUUGCCAGCUUGACUGGUCUUGUUCAGCAUGCACUUUUAAAGAGUCCAAACUCUAUUGUCACCGAGGAGCCUCUCAGUGAGAGAUCAACGAAGACAGCCUCUCCAAGUCACAGUUCACACAGUGCAGGGGAUUCGCCGGUGUUAGCAAUCCGGAGUGUGGCCGCGGCGGUGCCCUCGGACGUUGUCCCCGCCCCCGCGCACGCCAACCUGCUGCAGGUCAGGAGGAACGUGAGCGACCUCCGACAGCAGCUGGUGCUGAUGAGACAGCAACAGCUCCAGAACCAGGAGGCUCUGCGGGCACAGCUGAAGCGGGCGGAGCAGGAGAUCAGCUCCAAGCUGGAGGAGGCCAUGCGGCGCUUGGAGGACCCCGUCCACAGGCAGAGAGUCCAGGUGGAGGAGGACAGACACAAGUACCUGAGUCUGGAGGAGAGGGUGCAGGCCCAGCUAAGUGAGCUGGAGCAGUAUGUGGACUCUCUGAACAGGGAGACGAGCGCAGCGGGGGGCAGCAGAGCCGUGACUCUGAAGGAUGUGGAGGAGGGGGCUGUCAGUCUCCGGAGGGUGGGCGAGUCUCUCGCAGGACUCAAAGGGGAGUUUCCGGCCCUGCAGACCAGGAUGAGGGCGGUGCUGAGGGUGGAGGUGGAGGCGGUCAAAUUCCUCAAGGAGGAGCCUCACAAACUGGACAGCAUGCUGAAGAGGGUCAAGAGCCUGACGGAGGUCCUCAGCGGCCUGAGGAGAUACUCUACAGAGGGCCAGCACAAGGCCCCAGACUCUUCUCUCAGUGCACCUGCCAAGCCAGCUCCACUGGUGAUCCUCCCCCCCGCUGCCGUCCAGACCGACGCCCCCAUGGACGCCCCUCCUCCCCAGGCAGCCUCCAAGCCGGGCUCCCCCUCUGCCCUGCCCGAGCCCCAGACCUCCACCGUCCGCUCGGAGGUCAUGCCGGCCUCUCCGGUGGUCAUCCACCACGUCCAGAGCUCCCCGGUCCUCAUGCAGCAGUCGCAGCAGUCGGCCGCCCUCACCCACCAGCCCAGCCCCCCGCCCACGCCCUCCUCCACCCCCACCCACGGAGGGUUAGACUCCCCAGGCCCGGGGAAAUCAAGGGUAUCCCCCUCUCUGUCCACCUCCGACCCCCCCAGCCCCGCCCCCCAGCAUAAGAAGACCCAACCUGGCAACCCGGAGCAGGUUGUCCCCGUUAACGGCAACGGGAACGCUAGCGGCAGCCAGAGUCUCUUCAUCGAGGAGCUCCACACCAGCCGCAGCAAGAGCAAAAACAGAGCUGUGUCCAUACAGGCAGCAGAGAAGGAGUGGGAGGAGAGGAGGCAGAACAUGGGCCACUACGACGGGAAGGAGUUUGAGAAGAUCCUGCAGGAGGCUCAGGUCAACAUGAUGAAGGGCAUUCCCUGCCUGGAGGUAGGCAGCGAGGGAGAGACUUCUCUGGCGGCCCACCCUGCUGUCCCAGGGGACCAGGCAGACGGCCCCCAGCCUAUGGAACCAGACACAGUAGAAGACCCCAAUCCUGAGCCCACCACAGACAUACCAGCCAAGCCCGGCCCUGAAAAACUCCCCAAGCCGGUUCUAGAAAAAUCUAGUAAGCCUGCCACCACUGAGCAAGCCCCCAACCCUGCGACCGUGGACCGACCCACCACCAAGCCCACCACUGCUGCCCCGGCCACAGACAAGGUCUCCAAACAGGGAGCGGAGAAAGUCAGCAAGUCCCCUCCGCCGCCCCCUCCCCGGAAGACCUUCCCCUCCCCCCUCCUCUCAGGCAUGACCACCACACGCUCCGGAGAGGUGGUCUACACCAGCAGGAAGGAGUCCAUCUCCGCUCAGGAGGGGGAGGAUGAGGGCCAGACGCCCGCCCCCCCGCCUAAACCCACCAAGGUGCCCCCGGAGAUCAAACCCAAACCCUCCACCCCUCCCCCCAUCGCUGUCUCUUCCGUACGGGAGGAAGAGGAUGAGGGGGACAAGAUCAUGGCUGAACUCCAGGUCUUCCAGAAGUGCACGAUAAAGGAUGUAGGUGUGAAAAGCGUGUUAGAACCCGCUAGAAUCGAGCCCCAAAUCAGAGAGUUAAGACCCGGGGCCCUAAUGCCCCUCAAAGAGAGAAAGAGCUCUGAACCCAAACGGGAGGACAAAGAUCCUGGCACAGACGAGAAUGGGAACUCCACUGUCCGCCAGAGUCCUGGGGUCAUUUACUAUGUCACCGGGCAGAUCUCCAAGGAACAGCUGACGGCACCGGCGCCGCCAGGACCGGAGGAAGCCCCAGAGAGCAGAGAGCCGCAACCACUGUCCACCUCACAGGUGUCAAAUGUCAAUCCUAACGACAAUUCCCCAAGGCAGCAGCCACCACAGUCCCCAUCCCAGACAGGGCCUCCUAUUUCCCCCAAACCCGUGGGCUUGAACGGCUUCUUCCCCGUGCCUAAGAAGCUCUCGAAGCGGCCAGACGCCCUAAAGAAGAACCUUGUCAAAAGCCCGGGUUCCCCGGCCACCAGCGUCGUCCUCAGUCCAAUAAACGUGGAAAAGAGAGUCGAGUUGUCGCUCGUGCAAGGGGUCCGGUCCACCAGUAAGAUCGUGAUGCCAGCUACGGGGCCCGAAGUCCCUCCAACGGCCGUCAAGGUUGCUAAGAGUACUGAGGCGCUGCGGGAGAGGGUCGUCUGUGAGAAAGUGCAGUCGACGUCGAGGUGCGAUGAAGGGGACGAGGCCAGUCUCAGCGCAGACCUUCCCGGGGAAGAGGCCCCUCCACCCCCAGACAACAUCGCCUUCAUGAUCACCAACACCAACGUCCAGGCCUUGUCUCGCGUCGAGUACCAGGAGCUGGUCAACGCCAAGAAGGGCAGCGUCCGGACCGUCACCGUGGGUAACCGGGAGGGAGGCGGGACUUCAAGAGACGGACACAACUCGGCGCCACAGGACAAUGGCUUCGGCAACAAGAAGCCAGUCAUCAUCAUCUUCGACGAGCCCAUGGACAUCCGCUCGGCGUACAAGCGCCUGUCGACCGUGUUCGAGUGCGAGGAGGAGAUGGAAAGGAUGCUGGCCCAGGAGGGAAUCGCCGAGGAGAGCGAGGAGUCGGACACGGAGAGGAGCAGCGGGGGGGUGGAUCGGUCCAAGGGUGGGACGGAGGGAGGGGACGGGACCGUCGGAAAAAAUAGCCUCGGCUUUUCCUCCCAGGUCACCUCAGUCCAAACCGACGUGUCACAUUCCUCCUCUUCCUCCUCCUUGGAGCUGACGGGAGGCGACGGCAAAACGGACGGAAAGAAGAAAUUCAAGUUCAAGUUCCCGAAAAAGCAGUUUGCGGCUUUGUCGCAUGCUCUCCGCAGCGGCACCAAGUCGGGCAAGAAGACCCUGCAGGUGGUCGUGUACGAGGACGAAGAGGAGUCCGACGGAACGGUCCGACAGCACAAGGAAGCCAAAAGGUUUGAGAUCACACGUUCAAAGUCCUCCGUGUCCACAGAUUCCCACACGGGUCCGACCCCGGCGAAAAAGGACCCCGUGGAACCCACCUGCAGAUCAGAUGACAUUCGCAAGAGUACCUACAAGACCCUGGACAGUUUGGAGCAGACCAUCAGACAGCUGGAGACCACCAUCAGCGAGAUGGGCCCACACGCCGCCGAAGAGCCCGCUCCCGCCAGCGUGACGGAGGCACCCAAAACGGUGGGGCCAGGGUUGCAGAGGUCUUUCUCUCUCCCCACUUCCUCCAAAGGUCCCGGCCUCAAGGCUAACAAGGCCUCCCUGAAGAAGAAGAGCAGGCCUGCUCUCCUCCCUCGACCGGCCAUCAUCCCAACCGCCACCGUCACCCCAGUCGCAACCCAACAGAACGCCAGUGUCGCGUCCCCCACUAGUCGGAUGCCCGUCCCGAUGUCUGCGAAGUCCAGGCAGUCACCCACAGACAAGGCAGGAAAGCAACAAAAGCUACAGGACGCUCAGAGGCAGUUCCGACAGGCUAACGGAAGUGCUAAAAGAGUGGGAGGGGAUCAUAAAACAACUUCCCCUACUGCCUCUAAAAUCCCUGCUUUUUAUCCUAGCUCUGCUAAAGGCAGCUCCCAGUCUGCCCCAAACUCAGAUGCUACUAAUCCAAUUAAUCCUUCCUCCACCUUAUCCCCUUCCUCCUCAACAACCACAAAGUCCUCCAUCCCUUCCCCCCUCACCCCUCGCUCUGGCUCCACCCCUUCCUCCUCCCACAUCCCCUCCCUGUCUAACGGAUCCCUCAAACUCCCCGCACCCCACUCGCACACAGGUAAAGCUCUCUCGUUCUCCUCGCAGACUCCAAACGGUCGAGUGCCCUCCUCCUCUUCCUUCUCCUCCUCCUCCUCCUCCUCCUCCCCCUCCCCUCUGUCGCCCACGCCGUUGGGCCCGGGUGCCAAGAGCAUCCGCACCAUACACACGCCCAGCUUCACCAGCUAUCGGCCACAUCACGGCAGCAACGGCAAAUCCUGCAUCCCAACUGCCACCGCGGCCAAGGACUCCACUUAGCAGCCCUUUAGCUCCUCCUCCAGGUCUGUCUGUCACAGAGAAGGUUCACUUACAGUGAGUCAUGUUUAGUUCUUUUUUUUUUUUAUUCAGUAUUUUUUUUAUGCUUGGCCUUUGUAUAACAGUGUUGAUGCACUUCGUUCCCCUUUUAUCACUCAUGUGUUUCGUUUGUUGUUGAGUUUAUUUGACACUGGCAUUUGCACGUCAAGGCUUUCAAUUCUUAUGGAUGGCAUUCUUUCUUCCUUUGCAGAUAUUUUUGAACUUAAAAGUGUAGUUCUUGAAGCGUGUAGUACUGGGUAAAUCAUUUACAAGUGACGAUGUUAUCACUCUGGAGUUGGAAGUAGGCCUAGACUUAAUUGGAGGCUCUUUGAUAGUUUUGAAAAUAUAUUUUUCUUAAUAGUGUCGAAGAAUAGAAGAAAUUGUUGAUGCACAAUCAUGAUUAUCGUGUACAAAAUGGUAUUUUAUUUUUUAAUACAGAAACUGGAUAACCAUAGUAUAUUUUGAUCUUACUAUAUUUCUUAUGUUGCCAGACAUUCAGCAUACAUUAGCCCUUCUAUAUGCCUUUUGUGAGUAUACUAAAUGUGUAUUGACCAUUAACUGCAUCGACUUCUAUUUCAUCAGGAAUAUUUUGUCAUACAAUUAUCCAUGCACUGCCAAUUUCUGUUUCCCCAGGUAGCAAACCGGUUGUAUGAGGUAUCCAAGUUCUCAUUUUAGUAAUUAUCAUUGUGCCUACUUGCCAAAGUCGUUUUAUGUCACUUCAAGCCUUUAAGCAAUCAUUGGACAAAAUGUACUUCAUGGGGAACUCUACAUGCACUCUUUUAGUGUGGUGGUCUUUUCCUUCAGCAGCUUUACUGGAGGUCUAUGUCUCUUAAGUUAACUUUUAUUGAUGUCUAAGUGUAUACAGUACUAAAAACACAAGUAAUUGAUAAUACUGUUCGACGAUGUGUACAUAAAUGCUUCUAAUAAGAAAAUGAGUAGUUUUGUUAACAUACCAAAGUUUAUUUGUAUGCAUGCAUUUAAAAUACUUUAGGAGAGUGUUGUAAAAGAAGAAUUACGUUUGCACAAAAUAGAUUUUGUAAAUAUUUUGUUUUCUCUCAUUUUUGUAAAGCUUUAAACCAUAAAGAGCAAUGUGGUAAAGAAAGUGUGUUGGAAUAAAAACAAUAAAGUCUGCAUGCUUGUAA